CCCCGCUCGACCGCCGAGCAAACCCGCCCCAACUCGGUCUCCAGGAUUCCGAUGGGGAGGAAGAAGGUCGAGGGAUCGGAGGAGCGCCUCGUCCUCCGCAUCGCCCUCCUCUCGAGGCUCCUCCUCCUAACCCUGAUCGUUCUCUGGCGCCUCCUCUUCCUUCCCUACGACACCUCCGCCUCCCUCAACCCCAGCUGCCUCUCCGCCGCCGCUGGAGACGGACUGCCGAAGACCGGUGCUGUCCGUUGGCCCUGGGUCGGUGCGGCGAUCGAAUCAAGCGUCGUCUGGGACGGCGUCUACUUCGUGCGGAUCGCAGAGUGCGGCUACGAGUAUGAGCAGACCUAUGCCUUCCUCCCGCUUCUGCCCGCCUGCAUUGCCCUCCUCUCUCGAUCCGUGUUUGUUCCUUUGGUGCCAAUCAUUGGGUACAGAGCGGUGUUGGCGCUAUCGGGUUAUGCGUUGAGUAAUUUGGCCUUUUUGCUUGCUGCAGUUAUUUUCUAUAGGCUAUCAGUUUUAGUCCUAAAAGAUACAGCAGCUGCAUUACGAUCAUCUGUUUUGUUCUGCUUCAACCCAGCUUCAAUAUUUUACUCAUCAAUAUAUUCAGAGAGUCUUUAUGCGUUAUUGUCACUUGGGGGGAUAUACUUCAUAUUUUCUGGUGCAAAUACUGUAGCCAUGCUCCUGCUUGCGCUCUCUGGUUCAGCUAGGUCAAAUGGAGCACUUAAUGCCGGUUAUUUCUGUUUUCAGGCAUUGAAACUGUAUUAUGAUGCUAUUAUCCAUAAGAAAAAUCACAUAUUGGCAGCCCAGGCGAUUGUCACUGCAGCCAUACGUUCUAUUUUCAUAUUUGUGCCAUUUAUAGCAUUCCAAGCAUAUGGAUACUUGAAUAUCUGCCUAGGUGGUUCUUCAGAUGAGUUGAGGCCAUGGUGCAAACAAAGGCUACCUAAUUUAUAUGGUUUUCUUCAAAGUCAUUACUGGGGUGUAGGUUUCCUCAGAUAUUUUCAAGUAAAACAAUUGCCCAAUUUUCUUCUUGCAUCUCCAAUACUAUCUCUGGCAGUUUGCUCAAUUAUUCAUUACUCAAGUUUACUGCAUGGAACUUUUCGAUUGCCACAUGUGCACGAGGAAAAUGACAUGGUUACUACGCCAAAGUCAGUUGAAACAAAUAAAAGUUCAGACGCUAUUUGUGCUUCAAUGAACAAUUUAUCUUCCAGAAACGCUCAAGGGCAUCACAUGAUUAAACAGAGGAAGCAGGAAAGAAACAAGAAGGAUUCUGAAUCUAUACAAGAACUCAGGCCUCUAGUCCAAGUUCUUCAAUCAAAACAAAGACUCGACUCGAUCUUACUACUUCCUUUCAUUUUACAUCUGGCAUUUAUGACAUUCACAUCUUUGUUCGUAAUGCACGUACAGGUAUCGACCCGAUUCCUGUCAGCCAGUCCUCCGUUAUAUUGGUUUGCUUCACACCUGUUAAUCUCUACCAACACUACCUCCAGAAGAUGGGGCUACUUGAUCUGUGUUUACUUUGCCAGUUAUGUUCUUCUUGGCAGUUUGCUCUUCUCUAACUUUUAUCCUUUCACUUGAGAAGUCAUGGCGUCGUUCCAAUUGAAACAAUACUGUAAUUUCUAUCCAAUUGACGCAAUACUGUAAUUUCAGGGCAGUCCAUUUCAAUUGGUUUUCCUGAAAUUUCGGGAAAUUUUAUUUCAAA